UGGAGUGAAUAGCUUUAUAAGAAUAAGCGUUGGAGAGCUGUAGAGAAAACUCUAAAGGUCGGAUUGAGAAGUGUCUGGAUAUGGCAGUGUUUGCAGGACUGCGAGCUUGUCACUUUAGGACGCCAGUGUGUAACAGUGUGGGGACAUGGUGGAGGUCCAGUCACAGCACCGCGCUCAAGUCCCAAUACGACGCGCUGAUCAUCGGUGGAGGGCACAAUGGACUGAUUGCUUCUGCAUAUUUACAGAAGGGAGGCUUAAAAACAGCAGUUUUAGAGCGCAGAAGUGUACUUGGUGGAGCUGCAGUGACCGAAGAGAUCAUUCCAGGCUUUCAUUUUUCUCGGGCCUCCUAUCUCCUCAGUUUGCUGCGUCCUCACAUAUACCAGGAUCUGGAGCUCAAGAAACAUGGGCUGAAGGUGUACAUGAGGGAUCCACAUGCCUUUACCCCCAUGCUGGAGGAAGGGGUCAGGGGGCAACACCCUCGUUCUCUUUUACUGGGCAGCAAUCUGGCAAAAAAUCAGGAGGAGAUUGGAAAAUUCUCAGAGAAAGAUGCAAAGGCUUACCCUGAGUACAUCGCACAUUUGGAGAAGCUGGCCAGUGCAAUUCACCCACUACUUGAUGCACCACCUGUAGACAUCCCAGGACUUACUGAGGGGCCCUUGAGGAAAAGAAUAGCAGCAAUAAGGAGUUUGAAACCUUUAGUUAAAUCCGGGCUGAAACUGGGAAAAAACAUACCAGACUUUUAUGAACUAUUAACAGCUCCAGCAAUGAAGGUUUUAAAUCAGUGGUUCGAAUCUGAUCCAUUGCGAGCAACGUUAGCCACUGACUCUGUAAUAGGAGCUAAUACAAGCCCUAACAACCCGGGUAGUGGGUAUGUCCUCUUACACCACAUAAUGGGUGAGCUGGAAAAGGAAAUUGGGGCCUGGGGUUAUGUGGAAGGGGGCAUGGGUGGUGUCUCCAAGGCCAUUGCUAAUUCUGCACGUUCUCUUGGGGCAGAUAUAUUUACUGAAAAGGAGGUUAGUAAAGUACUGAUUGGAUCAGGUCAUAUUGCCAAUGGUGUUGUCCUGAAAGAUGGUACUGAAGUUCACAGUAAAGUGGUUUUGUCCAAUGCUACUCCCUAUGUUACCUUUAAACAUCUUACACCACAGGAUGUACUCUCUCAGAAGUUUAUUACUGCUGUGGAUCAGAUUGAUUAUACCUCUCCUGUGACUAAAAUUAAUGUGGCUGUGGACAAACUGCCAAAUUUCUUGGCUGCCCCUAAUGCAGCUGAUGGAAAGCCAAGGCCACAUCAUCAGUGUUCUAUUCACCUGAACUGUGAGAGUGUGGAGAAAUUAGAGGCAGCCUAUAGUGAGGGCCAACAAGGACGCCCAUCGUCAAGACCUAUGAUAGAGAUGACAAUGCCAUCUGUGCUGGACCCCACUCUCGCCCCACCUGGCUGUCACGUGGUGUCUUUUUUCACACAGUUUACACCUUACUUGCUGGAAGGGGGAAGAGUAUGGACAAAUGAGGACAGGGAGAAAUAUGCAAAUACAGUGUUUGAUUGUGUUGAAUGCUAUGCACCUGGAUUUAAGCAGUCAAUAGUCGGGAAAGAUAUUUUGGCUCCUCCUGAUCUGGAGAGGGAAUUCGGUCUCACUGGAGGGAAUAUUUUCCACGGUGCAAUGUCAUUGGAUCAGCUUUACAUAGCAAGACCUUUGCCCUCGAUUGCACACUACCGCACGCCAGUCAAAGGCUUGUACCUGUGUGGCAGUGGCAGCCAUCCCGGUGGGGGUGUGAUGGGAGCUGCUGGCUGCAAUGCUGCCUUGACUGUCCUGGCUGACUUUAAACACUAAUGAGAUGUCAGCUGGGUUUGACACACAUGGAGUUCCUCACCACAUUUUAAACAGACUAAAGCAUACAAUGAUGCCAGCAUUUUGUCAUAGUACAUGAUCUGUUGUUGCUAAUGUUGACUGUUCAAGCUCAGCUUACCCAGAACUGUAUGUAUUAAAUUGCACAAGCACUCCAAAACGUCUAAAGACAGUGUUCAUUUAUAAAGAAUUAGAGAAAUAUAUGAGAAAUAGACUCCAAAAAGAGCGAUCUCUACAUUGGAUGAAUUAAAAAUAAAUAAUAAUGGAAGAAUGUUCUGAAAUGAACAACAUAAUCUUUAAAGAAUUUCUCUUGUGCUGCAGUGUUUUCUUGUUUUUUUUUUUUUCUUCUCAGAAUUUAGUUAUCUUUUGCCACCCCAUGUGAUCUACUAACAUAGGUUCUAAAUUCUACACUAUGUAGACUAAUAAUGAAAAUUUACAAGAUAUAUGUAUGGCAAUAAAUUGUAUUCAUUAGAAAAUGACAACUUGUUUGGCAAAUCAGUAAAUAUCAUAUGUUUGAAACAGACUAAAUGGGAAUGUUAAGGAUAUUUUGAUUAGCUAGAUAUCCAAGACUUUUAUAACAAUUGUACCUCCUGCAAAUUUCCUGCAAUGUGACAUGUAAAUAACAUACAAUUGUAGAUGUCUGUGUAAAGACAUCUAUAGCCAUGCAGCCAGUUCAUGCAUUGAUUACUGUAAGUGAUUUUCUUUUCACUUAAGCUACUCAUUUUUGAAUAACAUUGAAAUUGAUACAUAAUAAGCUUGAUGCCAAUUCAAAUAAUAAAGAGAGCUAUUUGAA